CUAUCUCUGUAGCUUUCAAUGUUUAUCCUAUUUUGUUUUUUGCUCUGAUCUUCGAUUUCUUGUUGUCUCGAGCAAUGGAACCCGAUUGCAUGUCGUUCUUCCUCUGAUCUGUAUGUCAUGGCGGGUUUAUUUGCAUCGAAUCUGUAGCGUUUUAAAUGAAUUUGCGGCCGCAUGCAACCAUUGUCGCUGAAAGCUGGUUGAUCUGGUUUGCGAGCUUGUGAUGAAUUGGUUAUUUGAAUGGGAAAUGACAGAGAAGAGUGGAAAUUGGGUUCUUUGGCUACUUUAUUGUUUUGGACGAGUAAUGGUGCUUGAUGAAGGCUAACAGAGGUAGCCGUUCAAUUAUCAAUGGUGUGGAGUCUCAAAGAAGGAAUGGGUGGUCUACAUAUUGUAGGUUGACGUGAAAGUGCAUGCUGUUUCUUCUACUGCAACUUUUCUCGUAAGGAACAAAGUUGUGUUGGGAAUUCAGCAUCAUGACAUCUUCUGUCCAUGACCUGUCAUCUAAUUCAGAUAAGGAUGUAGCAGAUGAGCAGAAAAAGCAAUCAGAACUACCAAUUGAAGAACAGACUCCUGGAAAUGGAGUUGCUGAUGCUGGCGUGACAUCCCCACCUGUGGAGUAUACAGCACAUCCACUUGUUGAAGUGGGACAUGCUGUGGCUCAUGCUGCUUAUCCAUAUCCAGAUCCUUACUAUAGAAGCAUAUUUGCCACAUGUGGUCCACAGCCUAUUAUCCAACCUGCAUUAAUGGCAAUUCAACCUGGCAUUCCUUUGCCAUCAGAUGCAGUUGAAGAGCCUGUAUAUGUGAAUGCUAAGCAAUAUCAUGGCAUAUUGCGUCGCCGACAAUCCCGUGCAAAAGCUGAAUUAGAAAACAAAUUGAUCAAGUCUCGGAAGCCCUAUCUACAUGAAUCUCGACAUUUGCAUGCUAUGAAAAGAGCUAGAGGCUGCGGUGGUCGGUUUCUUAAUUCUAAGGCUGAGGACAAGCAGGAGCAGGAGAUAACACCAGGCAAUGAGACACUGUCUAGUAUCAAUAUGGCUUCCGACAAAAACCAACAAUCUUCAGAGAGGGCAUCUUGAAGUAAUUGGAGGCUUUGGCAAUACAGCAACAGACACAAGCAAAUAGUGGGCCUGGAAAGAUGAUCAGACAUUGAACAAUGGCCAGGGAAACUUGGUUCCUGAUGGGGAUCUACUGUAGUAUGGUGUUGCUGGUUUCCAGAAUUCAUGUUCUUUAGCCCAUAUGAGUAGUCAGAUCUGGAGAAUAUGUAUAGUCCUAUCUAUAGUUAAUUUGUAGGAAGGUUGCAAAAUUGCAAUUAUAUUUAGAAGCUCAAGUCGUGGUGUGUUGUGCAGGUGGAAUGGAUUUUCCUUGGUCUUUGAUAUUUAUUUGUAGAGAGGACAAACUUUUAGGGUAGGAAGUUUUAGUUCUCUUGUAAUGCAGCUUUGUAUGUGUUUUGAGGCUGAUGCUACAAAAUGUCUUGUUAAAUAUAGGUUGGUUGUGACUUGUGACCCAA